AAACUGCAAAACCCAGACUGGUUCCUGGUAUCUUUUCCUCAAAAUGUCAAAACUUUCCAGAUUCUCAAACUAUCCAAUUUCCCAAAAUUUCAGAUUCUUCUUCUUCUUCCUUAACGAUGCGUGAAAUCUACGGCCUUUUUGUCUCAUUUUUCUGUUUAAAGUUUCGAAAUUUGUCGAAGUUGCCACUUUAGGACUCUAAACAAAGACUCCGGCGAUUACUACACUCUCUCGAUUUCGAUUUCCGCGGAUAAAUUUAAUUCUUGUUACCAAGUUUGUGACUUUUAAGGUGUCUAGCGGACGAAUGAUUGUAAUCCAAGGUUGAAGAUUUCUUUUACUGCUGCUGGAAUGGGUAAAAAUGGUAGAGCUAUUGCGCUAAUUCUCGUAUUCGUAUUCUUAAUUGUUUCAAGCACUUCAUCAAACGACUCUAAUCCGACAACACCGAACAAUUCUUCCACCACUCCGAAACAGGGUUCGCCAGAAAAUACAACAGUAAGUGAUAGUAAGGGAUUGAAUUUGAGUUCUGCAAUUGCAAACGCUAAGCCUAAAGAGAUUCAGGGGAGUGACAACAAUACUAAAGUGGAUUUGAAUGGCUCGAAAGAUGAAAGUAAGAAAACUGGUGGGAUACCUCCGCCGAAUUCAAAGAGUAAUGAAGAGCAAGGGAAAGUAGUGAAUGGUAAAAAUGCAGAGGAGGGGAGUACUGAGAGUUGUGAGGGGGCACUACUGAAAUGCGAAAUUGAGAAGACAUUGCUUGCCUGCAUAAAAGUGCCAAAAAAUGGAUCAAAAGAGUCAUUCAUUGUGCUUCACAAUGAAGGAGAAAGCAGAUUGGAAGUAAAAGUCUAUACCCCAACAUCAGAGAAAAUAGUUUCUGCGCCUGUCGAAAAAAACAAGACAGUAACGGUAAAUAUAUCACCAACUUUGAGCAAAGGCCCGCAAAUAAUAGUUGAUGCAGGAAAUGGUAACUGCUCGCUUCAAUUGCGCCAUUUUGAAUCUGUGGACAGUCUUCUGCAGCAGUUCUCCCUGUAUUCUAAACAAGUGACUCCCAUCUACGGUGCCUACUUCCUUUUUCUGGUAGCACUACUUUUUGGCGGGACGUGGGCUUGCUGCAAGUUAAGGAAAAAGAGACAGCAUGGUGGAAUUCCUUAUCAAGAACUCGAAAUGGGGUCACCAGAAUCUUCUUCUGCCGUAAAUGUGGAAACAGCUGAAGGUUGGGAUCAGGGUUGGGACGAUGAUUGGGAUGAGGACAACGCAGUAAAGUCACCUGGAGGACAGCGCUUUGGAAGCAUCUCUGCUAAUGGCCUAACCGCUAGGUCUGCUAAGAAAGACGGGUGGGAAAAUGACUGGGAUGAUUAGUGAACAAGAAGGAAAACUAGUGAAAUUUUGGGAUCAAGACAGACACUGAAACACUAUACAAUAUAGCCAAAGAAAAUGUAAAAUCUUGUAAUCUAGUGUGACUGUAAAUUCUUUUUUCGCGACACAGAAGUUGCCCUUUUUCCUCGUCGCCUGUAUCAUAAAGUCUGCGAUAUAUAUAUUCUUGUGGAAUUCCAUCAACCCAUCUUGUUUUUGUGCUGACAGCACUUUACAAUUAUUAUAAUCACUACAUCCUGCCUGGUUUAUGCA